CAGUUGCACAUUUGCAGCAGGGGAGUUUCUAGACACUCCGCUCCUUACACCGAAAGUGAAAACCAUGCGGAGUUUAUAGCCUAGUCCGCGAGUUACCAUUGACUUUGCGAGGGAGAGCUCUGCCACUUUUAUAUAACGUCAAAGACAUCGAUAUAACAUAUUGGCUUUUUGGAGAAGCAUUUAAUUUGAGUUUUUAGGCGAUAUGGAAUCAUCCCUGGAGUUCUCAAACUCGUUCACCAGUGUGUCUUCGCCCUCCGCGCGGUGUCGGAUCUUCAAGAUCAUCGUGAUAGGAGACUCCGGUGUCGGUAAAACCUGUCUCACCUACCGGUUCUGUGCCGGUGAGUUCCCCGACCGAACCGAAGCCACCAUCGGUGUCGAUUUCCGUGAGAGAUUGGUCGAGGUUGAAGGCGAGAAAAUCAAGCUCCAGCUAUGGGACACGGCGGGCCAGGAGCGUUUCAGGAAGUCUAUGGUCCAGCAGUACUAUCGGAACGUUCACGCUGUUCUCUUCAUCUAUGACGUCACCAGACCAGACAGCUUCAGAGGCCUGCCAGCCUGGAUAGAGGAGUGUAGACGGUAUUCACUGGGACAGGAGAUACCCAGGUUCCUCGUGGGCAACAAGAGCGACCUCCGUGACACCCGCAGCCGUGACCCCCGCGCCAUCAAGGUCGAAGGUCAGGUGACACGGGAGCAGGCCCAGAAGUUCGCCGCGGCCCACGGGAUGAUUCUGUUUGAAACGUCUGCUAAAAGCCUCCCUGGAGGAGGAGGAAGAAGAGGGGGUGGUGUUGGAGGAGAACCAGGAGGGGGGCAUCAGGACAGCGUCGAGGAUGUGUUUAUGGCCCUGGCCUCCAGGCUGAAGAGACAGACCAGACCCCCUCCCCCGGUUCUCAACAACACAGGAGUGUCUGGGUCCUAUUGUGGGUCCUAUACAGGGACAGCUUCAUUCAGACUGCCGGAUAAGAAGAGCCCUCAUAAAGACUUCUGGACAUGCACCUGUUGAGG